CCCGUCCUUGCCAAGUUGCCAACGCACCCCCAGCUAAACAACUCUCGCGGAGCGGCUUGGAACAUAACUUUUCAACCAUGGUCCAACAGAGACAUGCCAGAAUCGCCGAAAGCGCGGUCAAUUACUAUUCGGAUUCGGGAGAAGACACCGAGGCGGAGACUCCUCGUACAACGCGUCCUAAUCUCAAGAAGCGUCUCAGCGAACGAUUUGUCGGCGGUGACGAUGGAUCGUAUGAACCGGACACCAGACAACCUCUUCAGACAGUCAACAUCAAUGAUGAUGCGGCAGAGAAACGACGGCGAAGGAAGAGUGUUAAACCUUCUGGUCUCGAGGGGUCACUCGCGGGCCCUUCGUCGGAAGGCGACACCAUGGCUCAGGAUCAACCGGAAAGCUCUCGUGCAGCGCAAAUGAAGCAACGACAGCAGCAGCUUAAUGCUGUCGCCGCCCCUCAGCCUCCUGUUAUCAAUGUCCCUCACGACGUGAUGGCAAUCAACUUUGACGAAUGGAUGAAGCUAGUCACUGAUAACAAAAUCAAUGCAGGCAACGCAUGGAAUGUCGCUCUCAUCGACUACUUCCAUGACCUGUCCCUCAUGCGCAACGACGGCGACAAGUCAAUCAACUUCCAGCGAGCGUCUGCUACACUAGACGGGUGUGUCAAAAUCUGGACGAAUCGCGUGGAUAGCGUCGGAACCGAGACGGGAAAGCUCCUUAGCAAUCUGGCGAACGAGGGCGGAGCUGCCGAGGAGGAGGACGAGCCCACAUCAGACAACCCGGACGGACAGGACCCCUCUCAGGCGAAGAAGCGCAAGAAAACGCAUCGUCACGAAGCUACAUUGGCAAAAGAUGUGUCUCAGCUGAAGAAGAAGGUGGACACCGAGUUCAAGGUCGAUCCCUUGUUCCGCAAGACUUGCGCCGACUUCGACGAGGGCGGAGCACAAGGCCUUCUUAUGAACCACCUCAGUCUAGGUAUGGGGUCGAGUGGUGGGCUUCGAGUUGUCUUCGAUGCCAGUGACGCGAUGGGUCGCGUCGCAGAAGACGAAGAAGACGAACAGGAGCCCGAAGAGGACGUUGACCUCUCGUACCUGCGACAGCACUUCCUGCCUGACUUGGACGACCUCGAGGACAAGGAAAUCACGCAUUCAAUAACUGGCUUCUCGUUCUCUCAAGCUAACACUCCUCUCGAACAAUCUCUUUAUGCUGAGAACUCACAACAUGCAUUCGACGAUGAUGAUGAUGACAACGAGCAAAUAACAUUCGAUCGUUACGGUGGAGCAAGUGCAGGCAGCGCUGGCGGCGGUGAUGCCCCCAUGGAUAUCGACACUAUGGGGGCCGCCGAACCGCCACCAGUAGAAGAAGACUUCUUCCAAGGUGAUCAGGCGGCCGACAACGAUUGGGACGGCGGGUUUGGAGGUGGUGACGACUAUGGUGGCGGUGAGGAAGGUUCACCAGAUGCCGAAGUUACCCAGCAAACAGAUGCACGCCCUGGUGGCUUUGUACCAUUUGAUCCUCGUCGUGCUGCACCCAACGAGCGAGAUUUGAUUCUGGCUAUGACGGAUGCCGAUGACGGGGGGAUGGCAGGUUACUUCGACGCCAACUUGCUCAAGAACUGGGCAGGCCCGGAACACUGGAAACUCCGGAAAGUCAUCAAAAAACCCGAAGCACCCGAGGGUACUGCUGCCAAGCCUCGGCGAGAAAAGAAGGAGGCUUUUAAGAUUGAUUUUCUCACUCCCGCCGAAAAGGACAUCAAGGCGACCGCGAAGGAGCUCUUUGCUCCUGUAACGCGUGGCGCUGGCAUUACUCUACCUAACUAUGGCUCAUCAAGAACUUCCUCGAAGAAAGGUGGUCGAGGCAAAAAAUCCAAGGAUGAGAAGCGGGACGAACAUACCUUGCCCGAUGACAUGCACUUCGCAAGUACGCAACUUGUUACGCUAUUCCUCAAGCCCAAAUUUUCUCUCAAAAUGCGUGGUCAACGUGUUCGAUAUAAUGAGAACGGCGACGGUGAAAUUGACGAGAAAUUCUGGGCCCAAACGGCAGCUGAUGAGGCUGCUGGACGAGUACCGGAGGGCGACGAAACUGGCGACGUAGCUCCUUUCAACACCCAGUUCCUCCAGGAUGAUUACGAUGAUGGACCCGGCUUUGACGACAUUUACGAGGGCGAUGCUCCUGCCGUCGAGGACGCCGGUGAACAAGAUCUACUUGCUGCAACCGCAGGCCGAAUACGGCGAGUACGGCCAGAAACUGUCAAUUAUGCGAAGCGCGCCAAGCGGGUCGAUGUUCGUAAGCUCAAGGAGAACAUCUGGAAGGGCUUGGACAUCAAGCUGGCCGAAAAGAAAGAAGAAGAUGAGGAUGAGGAUGACAUGGAUGUGGACGAUGACCCGGAGGCUACAGACCCUACUGAAGCACGAACAUUCGACAACGUCAUCUCGUCUUUGCAGCAAUCGUAUCCCAAGGACAAGAUGGAAGAAAUCAGCACCAGCUUUUGUUUCAUUUGUCUUCUCCACCUUGCCAACGAACAAGGCCUAAAGAUCAGGACGAAUGAACCAAUCCCCGACGAUGAAGAGGAAGAGGAGGAAGAUGAGUCCCACGAGGACCGGAAGAACAUUGGUGAUAUAUGGGGCCUACAGAUAUAUAGAGACCCGAACGCCACACGUUCGGCAUAAUUUUAUCAGUCGUAGCGACAUCAUGACUUUUCCAUCGUUUCUAUGAUAGUGGACAAGAUAGUUUAAUCUCAAC